GGGCUGUGCUUCCUUUCGUUGCUCCCGGCAACCGGCCCGCGACGCCCGCUGGUUCAAUAGCAGGCAUGGCGUCCGUGAGGGGACGCCUGCUCGAUGCGCUCGACGCCUCCACGGCGCCCCGUCGUCCUGAGCCGCGCUUGCUGCACCGACGGCCGUGCGGAUGCGACGUGCCGGGAGCGGGCGUGCCCCGGGCCCGCGCGCCUCGGCGGCCAGAGUCAAAGUCGCCUUAUCGUCCCGGAGGUCGGCGAGCUCCGCGAGGCCCACGGGAGCCGGCGCCGGCCGCCACGGGGACCUGCUCAUGGGCCUGGCGCACCAGGUCGUCAGGGAGUGCGCCUGCAAGGGGAUUGAGGUCGCUCCCCAACUGGCGCUGGAGGCGUUGUGCCUACUGCAAGUGAACCCGGAGAACACCCGCCAGGGGUCCGUAAAUGUCGUCGGCGAGGCGCUGCCGCCCCAGGAACGCCCCCUGCUCGCGGCCUGCAUCCGCUUCCUGCAGGACAGGAGCGCGCCGGGCCUGGCGGCCACCAGGAUGAGGAUCGCUUUCCGUCGGAAGUACAAGACGCCUGAGGACAUCGCCGCGGAGCACGCGCGCGGCACCGAGGCCAGAGUGGCGCCCCUGCUCGCCGAGGUCCUGGAGGAUGCCCACGACGAGCUGCCCGCGGCCGCGAGCCCUCCGGCCGCCGCGCCACCCUCGCCCGUCACCGCCAAGCUGGCCAAGGUCAGCAAGAAGGCCCUCUCGGCCCGGGACGAGCGCGCCGACAAGGAGCGCCUCUACGCCAGCGUCGUGGCCGCGGCCGUGCUGCGCUCCGGCCUCGGCAGCCCGGCCGACCCUGCCGUCAUCAAGGAGGCCAACGGUACGGUACAGCAGCGGCACGUGUGGCUCACUCCAGGGAGUGCUUCACUAAAUUUUUUUUUUGAUCCCGCGCGUUUCGAGAUGUAG